GAGUCUGAAAACUCUAUUCAAAUUAUUUAUUCGCUUAAUUUGUACAUACGGCCGGCCAUACCUUCCCAACAUCCAUCGUGCGUCGAACAUGGCCGUGAUACAGGUCUGUUCACAGCUGUGCAUUUAUCUGUACCACAUAGAAUCCUUGUUUAGUUGGUACUUUCGGACGUGUCGGUGGUUGCUGUUUGAAAGCCGAGAUUAUUAUGGUCGAGCAAUUUUCUGGGGCAGCUUGCGGCGGCAAUAACCAGGCCGGAAAUCUGCUUGAAGUUAGCCUUAUUUUUUCCAAGUCCAGCUGUUAAUGAAACAGAAUGGAAGAGAACUGCUCGUCUGUGCUGAACAAAAUUGGCCAGCAUCUGGAGUGUCCAAUUUGCCAAGGAACGUUUAAGAACCCGAAGACGUUGAAUUGUUUGCACAGCUUCUGUGGCGACUGUCUGCGCGUAAUGACGCGAUCUCACCCAAAUUCCAAAAGGAUUUGCUGCCCUGUUUGCAGACAGGAUACUGUGUUGCCGCACGAGGGCAUCGAUGACCUGAGAACCAACUUUCCUCUGUUGUCGUUGGUGGAGGACCUCAUGAAGGAAGAGACUGCACCCGGGCAAGGGUCUUCUGACGCUCAGGCGCAAUGCGAGUCGUGCGACCAAGGGAGGGCCGCGUGUUUCCAGUGCCUCGAUUGUCCGAUGGACCUCUGUAAGUCCUGUAGGGUGGUUCAUCAGCGAGUCAAGGUGCUCUCAACGCACACCACUGUCAGUCACGAGGAGCUGAAGAACGGAAGGUACGGUCCGUGCUGCCAAGACCACGACAAGGAGUGGAGGCGAUUCUACUGUACCGUCUGCGAGGAGCUGAUAUGCAAACGGUGCUUUGAGGAGUCGUGCGCUGUCAGGCAGCAUGCUCACGAGAGCAUUGAGGAUGUCGCCAAGGCAAAGCGAGCUAUUCUGCAAAAACUCGCAGGAAGUCUUCAGAAGCUGGCAACAAAGAUCAGCUCGGAACACACUUAUGAGAGCAAGAGGUUUCUGGCUGGCAAGGAAAACAGGAGUCAUGUCGCAGAAGAAAUACGCAAAGAGGCGGCAAAGAUUCGAGAAAGGGUGACGGCUGCAGAGGAAAGACUGCUGGGAGAAUUGGCCAAAGCUGAUCUGUGCCAUGGGGAAAGAUUCACCAAGUACGUGAAGGAUUCAGGAGCUGAGAUAGAAAACCUCCACAAAGCUGUCACUUCGGCUGCUUAUGUGGCGGAAAAUUCCUCCAACGGAGACAUCCUGUCCGUGUGCUCUCUCCUCAUCAAAGACCUUGAAGAGAUGGCCGGCCAAAACUUCGUUGCUGCCAACGUCCAACCAGAGUUCAUGCAGUUUGUUCCCGACCCGCCUUCCCAGAUAGCCUUAGGUCGAUUGAUUCGACGCAGUACCUGGAUGUGGGAGCCCUUCGACUGCUUUGGUGAGCAAGGCCGUCUUGCCCUUGAAUUUGGUUGGGCUCGAGGCCUUGCCGCUCAUUCUUCAGGUGGUUUGGCUGUGGCUGAUUGCGAGUCACGGAAGCUAGUGUUGCUGAGUCCGUUGGGGAAGGUCAACGAACGCCUUGAGCUAGACGAGUAUCCCAACGAUGUCUCGAUGAUUGGAGAACGACUCAUUGUGGUGGAUCGAUCACGCACUGUGAAGAUAUUCUCGAACAGAAAACAGGAAUUCCGUUUUCAAACAGCCCUCCCGGUCAGUACCAAUCUGGACAAACCGGUCGAUCUUCAGAGCCUUGCCCGCACACCCGCCGGUAACGUUCUCGUCGGCGAUGCGAGCCAAAACAUCGUGACGGAGCACCGCGCAGCAGACGGGGCUCUGUUGGUCGUGACGUCGGUCCCUGUGAAACCCAACUACAUCGCCAUAGAUUCCAGAAACCGCCUGGUCCUCAGCGACUGGGACCAGGGACAGGUGGUCAUCGUCGACCGAGGGAGCGGAGAAACUGUCGCCACCAUCAACCCAUCUACCGACGCUGGAAAGAUCUCCUGCCGGGGACUGUGCGUCGACGGUUCCGGUGUAAUCUUUGUGGCUGUGGUUGGAUCGGUCGAGGAUACUGGCCACAUUCACACCUACGACGGAGAGGGGAACUUUCUUGGCUGCAUCGUUCAGAAGUUGCGAAAUCCUUACGGUAUCGCGCUCACCCCCGAAGGGCGUCUGGCAGUCGCAGACUGGGAUACGUUAAAGAUGUUUAACCACUGACAUUUUUGUGCUUUGAUAAUCCGGCAGCAAAACAAAUCGCCACCCCCCCCAAAAAACACCCGCCCCCAAUUUCUUUGUAAAAUAAGGAAAAACUUUUUUGAGGCAAAUUAUUUCCCUUCGAAAGCGUGUAAAAAGCCCCAAACUGUACAUAGCCUUAACCCCCCCCCCCUCCAAAAAAAGGCAUUAAAAGAUUACAUCAAAAAAUGUCAAAUUUUUCGGGCCCUCGAAACAAGCUUCACCCCACCCCGAAAAUCUGUCCUGGGUCGGUCCUUGGAUAAUGGGAGUCAAACGACCGUGGAGGUGGUUUCCGUUUUUGUUGUAUUUGAAAUUGCAUAUUUCUUGUGUCGUUGUUGACAGUGUCAUUUGCUAAUUCAAUGCUCACAUCGCAACAGGUGCGCAGUAGUACAAUUCCCGAAAAACAAGAACUCUGUGCACUGGAUCGUCCUACAAUGUUUGUAAACCCCUCGAUAUAUAUUAUUCAUUUCUUGGUGACUAUAAUUAUACGAAGCGAGUGAAGACAAUAACUUUUGAAAGAGGAGUUGAACAGUGCAGAUUUGGCUAGACUGGUUUCAGUCCCGUACGUAGUCUCCAGACGUCUUACACAGAUGUCCUUGUAACAUAAGGACCGGUAGAGCGUAAUGAUUCCUGAGGAAUCCUGCAGGUUUAUGCUAACGAGGAAAUGGUCAUAUAACAGUUCCAACAAUGCAUCACUCACGUGACACAACUUUGAAAGACUUUCUAGAAUGGAUUAACCCUCUGUUCUGAGUCACUUCCGCACGCAAUACAACUUUUAAGACCAAUUUACCUGCUUUUAGGGGUAACCGCUUCCAUAAUUACAUGGAAAAAGACGAGAACAGUGGCGGCGCCAGACCACGGUGACUGUGGGUGCAAGUGUGGGGCAUCUGGAAGGCAGAAUCGUGUGGGUGCAAAUGAUCUCUUAAAAUGAACAGGUUGAUCGCCCUGUUGUAAUUUGUAACAAAAUGUUUGUGGGUGCAAGCGGUUUUUAAGUUGGUGUAUUUGCACCUGCAUGACACCUGUAGCCCGCCACAGUGACUGCCUGAGAGCCAUGUGUUCCGCUCAGCUUUCCCGCGUACCGUACCAGUACACAGAGCCCGUUGUUUCAAACGUAUCUGUGGCCCAAACGUUUUUCUCUGCGGUCUGUUGUGUGCGAGUCAGUGAACCGACGACGCAUCGCCUCGAGAUCUGCAUAAUCGAGAUCCGCGUGAAACAAACAAGCAAGCCCCACAGUAACAACAUGUGACAUGCUUUGGGUGGUUCUUGUAAGUUCGAGACUGAUGUCUGAGUCAUGGGACUUCUGUGUGGUGUAUAACAUGGAUCAGUCUGUGAAAAACAGCACCAUCAUUUCGACGUAUCUUAAAUUCAUCUUUGGAAGUAGCUCUCCACGAUAUUUAAGAGUGAGCUUUCCCUUCUCUUUUUAAAUUUUAUAACCUUUUUGGUAUUUUAUUUUUUAUGAUAAUUCCCUUCCAAUGUAUUUUCUGCGUACUUUUGUUUAACUUUUUUUUUGCUUUGUUGCUUUUAUAGUUUUAAUGUACAGUUGUUUUAAUUGGUUUGAUAUGUUUGCGGUGGGGUUCAAUUUCUUGACCGACUCGAGCGUUCAGAAGAUCGUGUUUCAUAAUUGAAGAGGACCUUUGGACGAAUUCUCCUCAAGUUUUGCAAUUCACUCUUUGUUAUUUUAAAAUAGUAUAACCGAUUAGACUCAUGAUAAUGCAUGUCAUGCCAUCAAAAUUGACUGUCACUCCAGGAAUUUUUCCUUUAGUCUAGGCCAACAAAGAACCAAGUCUCGACCUUUGCCCUUUUUGUUGGGAAUCGGCCAAACUGCUCUCUGACCUCAGGAAUAAUUUCCCAGGCUACCCGUUGAUAGGGCGCCGGCUGCAGUUGCCUCCCCAGCCAUCGUGUGUACGGUAAUACACACGCAAAACAAGUUGUUUGAAGCUACCCUAGGCACUGGCCUUGUGACAUUAUUUUGUCGCGACUGAAUGAAAGCAUUAGAGGGAGCCUCGAGUAACGUGUGCGUGUAUUGCAAGGAUUCAAGCACAUCUAACCAAAUCCGUUUCACGCUUAACUGUAGUUAUUAUGUUAUUCUUUAAAUGUAAGUCUACCAACAAAUCAAUAUAGGUACCUCCGAAUUUGUUAAUAUUUCUCGAUAUUGCAAUAGACCAUCGAGGAAGGAGGGUUCUUUCCUCCAUGAAUAGACCUUGCAUGGAAAUGCCACGUCACGGUUGCUUGUGCUAUUUAUAGCGUAUAGGGCCUACAUAUAUUGCGCCAUGCGGGAUUUUCCAGCUAUGUGACACAAAACAACCUCGUACUCUGGUUGUGUAUUGCGAUCGCACCAUAGGUGAUCGAAAAGCUCGUGAAUCAAUUUUCUUAGGGGAUCAAUGACAUUCUCGUAAAAAACACGUCGGCCACACUGGCUGUAGUUUCAGAAGGAAAUUAUUAACUGCGCAUGUCCCGUUUUCAGGAUCAUUUGCAUGCGUAAUGAGGGCCAUGGGAAGAUCGUGCGAGGGAAACAACUGUUUCACUUCAUGAAAGUUUACGUCUUUUUUCACUUUUAGGAAAUAAAAUAUUUUUUAUGGUAUGAUAAGGCCUUUUCCGAACGUGUUUUAUGAAAAUAAAAUUGAGAAAUACCAGGGAGGUUAAAACUAAUAAUUUUGGGCCAAGCUUUUUUCGCAGUAAGCGGUAACUUGUUUACGUUUUGAUGCGAUUUUUGAAGGCUCGAAACAAAGAUUUCGAAGUUUUCCUGAAGUUUUCGAAAGUGGGCUGUGAUGGAGGAAACAUACGUGUCUGGGCCCCUUUGCCUUCGUCUAUGCUCGUCUGGCUCCCAGACCCGAAGAUCCCGACUAAUAUGACGAUCGUCCGAUACCCAGUCAUUUUAGAAAUAGAAGGAAUCCCUCGCGGCCGAUAAUUUCCGAAACUUGGCCGACCUAUGAACCAGAUCCCUUGAUAUCUGCGAUUUUGGUUCUGUACAAAUUAGUGUUUCUCAGUGUAGAGGCCACGUGCACAUGUACAUGCGCAAAUUUGCCUGCCGUUCUUCCUGUACCGUUGUACAAUAAUAACAGUAGCAAAAUUGAAAACAAAAUUAGGAAGUAUCUUAGGUGAUUCAGUCAUUGGAAUAAAUUAUUCAGAACAAAACAAGGUUUCUCCAA